AUGUCGACGAUCUCGCCGCACCUCCGUAACUUCAAGGAGCCGACGAAGGACCAGCUCACGCAGCUCUUCUUCGCGCUCCCCUCCAGCUCGGGGGUCGACAACCCGAACGCGUCGGGCUCCGGCAUGCCGUACGCGAAUGGGAGCGGCGCGAGCGAGAAGCAGUCCGCAGAGAAGGGGACGGGCGAGGAGGAACUGGAGAAGAUGGAGAUCAACGCGGUGUUGAGCUUGGGGGUUCAGGGCGAGGAGGACUCGUAUGCAGGCAAGCUGCACCUCCUCCCACCCUAUCUCGCAUUCGUCUCCCUUGACCGCAAGUCGGUGCGUUUCACGAUCCCGUUGUGCACAAUUCGACGGGUAGAACGGUUGAACGCACGGGCUGGCAUCUAUGCGCUCAGCCUCGCGCUGUGGCAUGGGAUGAAGAUCGUUGUGCAGUUGACGUCUCUCCGGCCAACGGCAGAUCUGUUCUGUUCAUUACUCCGAGAUGCGCUCAAAGUCGAGUUGCAAAAGGGCAACAUGAAAUCCGUUAAAGGUUUCGUGAGAACAUGCUACUCGGAAAUGCUCGUCUCAAAUACAAGCGAUAUGGACGAGAAGGCUGGAGAGGCUGCGAAAGCAGAGGAGGGAUCGGCAUCCAACGAGUCGAUGUAUCUCGGCGGUUUGGGGCUGAAGUUCAGGUUCCCCGGUGAUCCCAAGAAAUUGCGAGAAGCGUCCAAGACCAAGUUGUGGACGAAUUAUCUCCGAACCCAUGGUCGAAACCUCACCCUCCUCCGCUAUCCUCAGUGCACCCGUCUCAUCCAGGUCGGUCUUCCGAACAGACUAAGAGGCGAGAUGUGGGAGACACUUUCUGGGUCGCUCUACCUCCGCUUUGAGAACCCUGGGUACUAUGACCGCCUCACAGCGGAAAACCAGGGGAGGAUAAACACGAGCACGGAAGAGAUUGAGAAGGACCUGCACCGUAGUCUGCCAGAAUACUCUGCUUACCAAAGCGAGGAGGGCAUCAGUGCGCUUCGGAGAGUGUUGCAGGCGUACUCGUUCAAAAACCCAGAGACGGGAUACUGUCAGGCGAUGAACAUCCUCGCCGCUGCAAUCCUCAUCUACAUGUCAGAAGAGCAAGCAUUCUGGGUGCUCGAAGUCAUCUGCGAUCGUCUCCUUCCAGGAUACUACAGCCCGUCUAUGCAUGGGACUCUUCUUGAUCAACGAGUGUUCGAGUCUCUCGUCCAUCGAUGUCUACCGGUCAUUCAUGACCACUUCACGGAAGUGGAUGUGCAGCUAUCUGUCGCGUCCCUCCCGUGGUUCUUGAGUUUGUUCAUCAACAGUAUGCCGAUGGUCUUCGCCUUUCGGAUCAUGGACUGUUUCUUCUGCAUGGGUCCCAAAGUGCUCUUCCAAGUGGGAUUAACAACCCUCACAGCCAUCCUUAAGAUCAAUGGAGAGAAGCUGCUCAAAAUCCAAGACGACGGGCAGUUCAUUCACCUCAUGCGGGAGUACUUCUCGUCCCUCGGUGACUCCGCGCACCCGCAGUCGUCAGAUCCCCGUGCCCGCGCGAUCACACGCUUCCAAGAGCUCCUCCUCGUCUCCUUCCGCGAAUUCUCUGUCAUCUCCGACGAGACCAUUCACUCCGAACGGCGAAAGUACCGAUCAGAGAUCGUGCACAGCAUCGAGUCGUUCUCGAAGCGAUCUGCUGUCCGGAACCUGCGCACGUUCGAGCGGUUCUCGAAGGAUCAGGCAGGCCUCAUCUAUGACGCGCUUUUCAAGGCGAUCUGCAUCGAGCCACCGCCAGCUGUAUCGCUCCCACCACCGUCGCUCCUGACGACAAAAGACCAGGCAGAAGAGCGGCCGGAGACGCGCAUCACUCUCAAGACGUUCAAGGUAUUCCUGGCAGAAAUCUGCACAUGGGCGAGGACGGAGAAGAUUGUGUCGAACGGGUUCCAGCAACGGAUCGACCGCUCGAUAGCCGAACACGAGCUCAUUGACCGGCUAUUCUUCUUCUGGGAUAUUGGGUACAGAGGAGCACUGUCCUUCCAGCAGGAUAUCGUUUGUGGUCUGGACGGGGUGAUGUUCAAUGACCUCAUGGAGAACAUUGAGUGGUUCUUCAACUUGCACGACAAGAACAAGGACGGCUACCUCACGAAAGACGAGGUCCUCACCCUGUCCGAGUCGCUUCUCUUCAUCUUCCGCCACGAGAUCGGUGACGCCUAUCUUGGUGCAGUCAGUCGCUUCAUGUCGAACGCCUUCGAGUACGGAGAUGCUCUCCUUCCACGUCCAGAGGGCGCCGAUGAGUCCGAAUCCCCGCACGUAGAAUCCAACCAGCCUUACAUGAACCUCGCAACGUUCCGCAUGGUCGUGCUCGCGGACGAAAUCCUCGAGUCCUUCUUCGAGACCGACUUCUCGAGCACCUUCCGGCUCGAGCCCGUCCCGCUCGAGGACAUCCCCACGCACAGCACCCUGCUCGGCGGCCUCUGGCAGAACAUCGCGACGGACGACAACCGCAAGAUCUUCCACAAGUUCACGGACGAGAUCGGCCGCGCCGUCGGCAAGCACCAGGUCUUCACCCGGCCCGCGAUCGGCAAGUACACGACGCUCGAGGAGCCCAAGGCGCGCGAGUCCCUCCUCACCCCGACCAUGCGCCACUCCGCGUCCAAGGGCAGCCUCGCGAGCCUCGCCGAGGUCGAGGCGCCCGCGCCAAACUCCUCUCCCGGGGACCCCGCGCCCGCCGCGGCGGACGGGGAGAAGCAGCCGGCGCCGAUCUCGACGGGCGCAGCGACGCUCGCGGCGGGCGCGGCGAGCCCGGAGAUGGCGUCCGCGCUGGGCGGGAUGCCGGACAUGUUCACCGCGGCGGCGACGGCGGCGGCGCUGAUGGAGCGCACGCCGUUCGCGAUCGACGACGCGAAGGACGAGGAGUCGGAGACGGACGACGAGACGGACGAGGGCGACGACGACGUGCUCGACGAGGUCGACGCCUUCCUCGAGGCGCACGACUCGGGGCUGACCGAGGCGGAGCGCGAGCUCGCGCAAGAUCUGAUCCACGCGGAGCCGGUGAAAUAG